GUAAAAAAUUUUUCACAAUUGAUGGUUACAAGAUUUUUAUUGGGUAUUUUUGAAUCUGGACUUUUUCCAGGUAUCAUAUUCUACCUUACAAAAUGGUACAAGAAAUCUGAACAAAAUUAUCGAAUCGGGGUGUUUUUUUCUGGUGCUACAAUUGCUGGUGCAUUUAAUGGUCUUUUGGCAUUUGCAAUUACAAGUUUGGAUAGUAAAUACGGCUUGAAUGGUUGGCAAUGGUUAUUUAUUAUUGAUGGUUCGGCGACAGUUAUCGUUGCACUUUUCGCUUAUUAUUUAAUCUCUGAUUCUGUGGAAACCGUUUCUUGGCUUACAGAAGAUGAACGAAAGUUGGCUAUUGAUCGAUUAAGACUUGAUGCGGGAGAUGCCCAUUCAUCUCAUUUUGACAAAGUUGAGAUCAUCAAAGCUUUUAAAGAUGCGAAAAUUUACCUGUCUAUGAUUCCAUAUUUUUGUAUACUUGUUGCUUUAUAUUCUUUUUCUUUUUUCAUUUCAACGAUUGUAAACGGUCUAGGAUUUAAUAUUGUUAUUUCCCAACUUCUUUCAAUUCCUCCAUUUGUUUUUGGAUGCAUUUCAUCAGUCACGAUAGCGAUAUUAUCUGAUCGUUAUAGAAUUCGUAGUCCAUAUCUGAUGUUUUCUAUGUUAGUGUCAGUUAUAGGAUAUUCAUUACUCGUUGUACAGAGUAAUAGUAUUGCUUUGAAAUAUACUGGUGCUUGUAUUGUUGGGUUUGGUUUAUUUGCAGGUAUUCCAACUUUACUUGCAUGGUUGACAAAUAAUCUGGCAGGUGAAUCAAAAAGAGCAGUAGGUUGCGCAAUGGUGAUAGCUUGUGCUAACAUAGGUGGAAUAGCAAGCGCACAAUUAUAUACCUCUAAUGAUGCACCUGACUAUAAAUCUGGUCAUUCUAUUGCAUUAUCACUUUUGCUUGUUGGAGUAAUUUUCACUAUAAUUCAAUAUUAUUAUUUAAAAAGAGUUAAUAAAUUAAAGCUUAAUGAUUCUACUAAAUUUUUAAAAGGACUUAGUGAGGAGAAGAUUAAACAUUUGG